AUGGUGGGUCAGGGGGCCCUGCACAGCCCACUCGGCCUCCUGCUGCUGGCACCCCUCUGCCUUCUGCAUCCAGGGGCCUCAGGGCAGCCCCAUCUGACCUGAGGAGCCCCCGAGGAGACCUCCUCCAUCCAGGGAGAGCGAGGCAGUUCAGUGGAGCUGGCCUGUGGAGCCCAGCCUGCCCCCCUGGGGGUCUUCUGGAGCUUCACUCCCCUGAUCUUGAUGAUCCCCCAGCCCGCGGCCGUCUCCAGUGGAGGGGAGUGCAAGGUGGAGGCCAGCGCCUCAGCUCUGGGGGCCGUGAGUCUGUGAAACAGCAGCUUGGUGCCGUGGGAGCUGCAGGAGGGGGCCCGCGGCCACUUCCCGUGCCAGGCCCUGCGUGCGGCCAGCGGCCAGCUCCACGCCACCGACUCCCCCCUCGCUCUGGCCGGGCUGGUGCCCGUAUCGAAGCCUCAGGUGCGGCUGAGUGACCCAUCCCCAGUGGAGGGGGCCUCCUUAAUGGCCACGCGUGCAGUACGGGAGGGCACGGAGCCUGUGACCUUUGCCUGGCAGCAUCAGGCACCCCGAGGCUCUGCAGAGGCUCUCAUGGGGGUCACGAAGCGUCUGAUCCAGCUGGACCCCAUCAACCGGACACACCUGGGCUGGUACACGUGUACUGCCCACAAUGGCGUCAACCAGCUGAGCAGUGACGGAGCCUUCCUGGAUGUCAUCUAUGGUCCAGAUAAUCCUGUGAUCACCGUGGAGCCACUGGGCUUCAGUGAGGAGGGGUUUGGGGCCGGUGAGAGGGAAGAGGUGACCCCGAGCUGCCUGGCUGCAUCCAACCCCCCAGUCUAUGUGUGGCUCCAUGACCACACUCAGGUGCAUGCUGCCCACACAGGCCGGUACACCUGCCUGGCCCACAACAGCCGCCUGGACACCCACACGCAGACCAGCGUCCAGCUCAGCAUCCACUAUCCCCCCAAGGCGCAGCCCUCCUGUGCUGUUCUCCCUGCCCCCGGGGCACUGAGUCUGGUCUGCACCUGGCCUGGGGGGCUUCCAGCUGCCCAGCUGCAGUGGGCCAGACCCCAGGGAGCUGGCCCCACUGCGCUCAGCAAUGUCACCUGGAGUUACGCGGCCACCCAGCUUCCCAACAGCAGCGCCUUCACCUGCACCGGCAGGCAUCCAGCUCUGGCUCUGCCCGUGCUCGUCAGGAUCACCCUGUGGGAACCGCUGUGGAGCCCCACUUGCUGGACCUUGGCCACAAUCAGAGACCAGUUCAUCACGCUGAGCUGUGAGUGGCCGGGAGGUGAGCCCCCUGCCGUGCUGAGUUGGCUUGAUGAGCAAGAAUAGCCUCUGGGCAACAGCAGCUCCUCCCUGGCCGUCUACCUCCUGCAGGCCCAGGAAGACCUGGCUGGCAGAGAGUUCACGUGCUGGGGCACUCACCCACUCAGGGUCCCUGACCCCCUCUGCUGGCUCUGGUUAGAAGCCCCUCAACUGGCAGUGGCUGGACCCCGGGUGUCAGUGCUGGAGGGGGAUGAGGCCUGGCUGGGAUGUGCCCUCCUGGGGGGCAUGCCACCCGCCCAUCUCCUCUGGCUGGGACCUCAGCAAUGGCAGGUGGAGCCGGGCACUUUGGGAUUCACACUGCACCCCGAGGGGGCCCAGCUGGGCCUGAGUGUCCAAGCUGCCUACCCAGCCCGUCACGGGGGCACCCACCAGUGCGUGGCCUGAAAUGCCUUGGGCAACAGCAGUCGGAGCAUCCUGCUGGAGGUCCUGAGAUACCCAGCUCCCCGCAACGUCACCAUCAGCCGCCUGACCUACGGGAGACGCCGGAGCGAGGUGCAGCUGCAAUGGGCCGUCCGAGGCCCCGGCAAUCUGACGGGCUUCCUGGUGCAGCGAAGGGCCAGCGUCCCAGGCCUGGGGGCAGGGGCUUGGGAGACCGUGGCUGGUGACAUCCAGCCAGAGAGCAGGGGCCAGUGGCUGGGGCGCUUGGACCUGGGGAUCCUCUACGCCUUCUGCAUCCUGGCUCUGAAUCAUCGCACGGCUGGACAUCCCUCUGAGGUGAAGACACCCGACCCUCUCCUCGUGGAGGCCCCCUUCAGCGCCUGUGCGGCAGUGCUGGGCGCGGCAGGCGCAGGAAAGGUGGUGGCGACUGUGGCCUCCCUGCUGGCAUUCCAGGAUGCUGCCCGGCACCCGGACACCUUCCCCUGCACCCAACCAUCACCCACCACCCCAGGUUCAGAUCCUGCACAAGAAACCACAGAGCCCCCAGUAAAUGUCACCAACACAGUGACGGCCACACCAUGA